AUGGCGACAGCUCGGGCGGCCAGGAUGCCGUCGUCUCUCCGGUGCGCGCUGUCCCUGCUCGUCCUCGGGUUCGCCGGGAUCCACGCCUCGACCCUCCGGCUCCACCCGGAGCCGCAGCGCCACAUGCUGCCUCAGAACACAGGCUUCCACACGGUGGAGGCUAGCGCGGAUGCCCCGGACGGAGGCGGAGGUGCAGCGCUGCCCGUGGCCGACCGCAGCACCUCGGAAGGCGGGUCGGACUCGGGCACCUUCCCGCAGCACCGGAGCCGCCGGAGCCCCGGGGACCCGGCCAUGCCGAAGGUGUACGGACAGGCCAACCUGAAUGACUCGCAUAACCAGAUGGUGGUCCACUGGGCUGGAGAGAAGAGCAACGUCAUUGUUGCCUUGGCCCGAGACAGCGCUGGAGCCACAGGGACCAGAACCAGCUCUGUCUACUUGUCCUAUGAUUACGGGACCACUUUCACGCUUGUCUCAGACAAGUUCCAGCUGUCAGGGCCCAAGUUCAAGGAGGGCAGCAAGCAGGUCAUCUCUCAGUUCUGCCACAGUCCUGCAGACAACAGGAGGUACCUUUUCGUAGACUCCACCAACAACUACCUCUGGAACACGUUUGACUUCUGUAAGAGCGUCCAGGGCUUCUCCCUGCCCUUCAAGCCAGUAGACCUGCUGCUCCACAGCAAAAGAUCGAACCUGGUGCUGGCCUACGACAGCUCCCACCCAAACAAACAGCUGUGGAAAUCAGACGACUUUGGGGAGACAUGGGUGUUGAUCCAAGAGCAUGUGAAGGCCUACUUUUGGGGUGUGGAACCCUAUGACCCCUCCACCACAGUGCUGGUCCAGAGACACGAGCCCCAGGGAGUCUCCACUAUUCUCAGCAGCACCGACUUCUUCCAAAGUGAACAGAAUCGCAGAGUGAUCCUGGAGCAGGUGGACAGCUUCCAGCUCCGAGACAAGUACAUGUUCGCCACCACCACCAGGAAACUGUUUGGCAGCCACGAUCCGUCAUCUGUCCAGCUCUGGGUCUCCUACAACCGCCAGCCAAUGAAAGCUGCCCGGUUCAUGACCCGCCAUCCAAUCACGGAGUACUACAUAGCAGAUGCAUCUGAGGACCAAGUGUUUGUGUGUGUGAACCACAUAAACAACGUCACACACCUCUACAUCUCAGACACACAGGGCCUGUCCUUCUCUCUGUCGCUGGAGAACGUGCUGUAUUACAGUCCUGAGGGCUCUGGCAGCAACACACUCAUCAGGUACUUCGCCAAUGAGCCUUUUGCAGACCUGCAUCGCCUGGAGGGGCUGCGAGGCGUCUUCAUCGCCACGCUCAUCAACGGCUCGGUCAGCGAGAACAACAUGAGAUCUGUCAUCACUUUCGACAAAGGAGGGACGUGGGAGCUGCUUCAGCCACCAGCUGCCGACAGCCUGGGAGGAACGGUGGACUGUCAGCUCAGUAAAGGUUGCUCCCUGCACCUGGCCCAGCGCUGGAGCCAGCUGUUCAACAUCCAGCUCAGGAGGAUGCCCAUUCUAUCUAAGGACUCGGCACCCGGAGUCAUCAUGGCCACAGGAUCUGUGGGCAGGAACCUGGCCAGCAAACCUAAUGUGUAUGUAUCGAGCAGUGCCGGAGCCCGCUGGAGAGAGGCACUGGCAGGCCCUCAUUUCUACACUUGGGGUGACCAUGGUGGGAUCCUGAUGGCUAUCGCACAAGGAGGCGCCAGCACACAUAUGAAGUUCAGCACCAACGAAGGGGAGACUUGGACCGACUUUCAGUUCUCAGAGCGGGAGGUGUAUGUUUACCAGCUACUGACGGAGCCUGGGGAGAGGAGCACCAUCUUCACCAUUUUCGGCUCCUACGCAAACCAGAGACACAGCUGGCUCAUCCUUCAGGUCAACACUUCGGACGUUUUGGGUGUUCCGUGUUUAGAGGCCGACUACAAGCGCUGGUCUCCAUCAGACGAGCACGGGAACGAGUGUCUGCUGGGCAGAGAGAUCACGUUUAAGAGACGCGCUCCUCACGCUACAUGCUUUAACGGAGAAGAGUUUGACCGGCCCAUCUCCGUCUCCAACUGCUCGUGCACUCGCCAGGACUAUGAAUGUGACUACGGCUUCAAGCUGAGUGAAGACCUGUCCCUGCAGGUGUGUGUGCCGGACCCCGAGUUCCUUGGUGACCUCUAUGCUCCUCCGGUCCCGUGUCCUGUCGGUACCACCUACCGGCGCAGCAAAGGCUACAGGAAGGUUCCAGGAGACAGUUGUCAUGGAGGAGAUGUGCAGUCGAGGCUGGAUGGAGAGAUGCUGCCUUGUCCUGUCGGAGAGAGUAACGAGUUCAUCCUGUACGCGGUGAGGAACUCCAUCCACCGGUACGACCUGGCCACCGGCACAGACCAGGCCCUGCCUCUGGCCGGACUCAGGGAGGCUGUGGCUCUGGACUUUGACUAUGACAAGAACUGUCUUUACUGGGCCGACAUCUCACUGGACACCAUACAGCGUCUGUGUCUGAACGGCAGUACAGGUCAGGAGGUCGUGGUGAGGAAAGACCUGCAGAACGUAGAGGCCCUGACCUUUGACCCCAUCAGCCGACUGCUCUACUGGGUUGAUGCCGGAGCGCAGAAGAUUGAGGUGUCCAACCCUGAUGGAGAUUUGCGCCACACCCUGCUCAACUCGUCUAUCCUGGAACAUCCCCGUGCUCUGGUUCUGCUUCCUGGAGAAAGUCUGAUGUUCUGGACAGACUGGGGCGACCGAGCAGCCGGUGUUUACCGGAGCUACAUGGAUGGAACCAAUGUGUCCUGCAUUGUGUCAGAGGGUGUCCGAUGGCCCAAUGGGAUCACAGCUGACGACCACUGGCUCUAUUGGACCGAAGCGUACAGCGACCGCAUUGAGAGGGCCGACUUCACCGGGGGCCAGCGGAGCGUCCUCAUGGAGGAGCUGCCCCACCCGUAUGCCAUUGCUGUCUUUAAAAAUGACCUGUACUGGGACGACUGGUCCAGGAUGGGAAUUUUCAAAGCUCCAAAAGCUGGUUCCAAGAGCAAUGAGCUGAUUGUUGGCAGACUAACUGGAGUCAUGGACCUCAAGAUCUUCUACAAGGGGAAGAAUCGAGGUCAUAACGCCUGCGCCGACCAGCCCUGCAGCCUGCUAUGUCUGCCUCAGCCCGGCCACAGGCACACCUGUGUCUGCCCAGACGGCACCCCCACUGUCACCAUGCCCAACGGUGAGCUGCAGUGCCAGUGUCCCCCCAACUACCAGCUCCAAAACAACACCUGCGUCAAGACUGAGCAUAGCUGUUUACCCAACCAGUACCGCUGCUCCAAUGGCCGCUGUAUCAGCAGCAUCUGGAAGUGCGACAGCGACAAUGACUGCGGAGACAUGAGUGAUGAGCAGGAGUGUCCUACCACAACAUGUGACCCGUCCAACCAGUUCCGCUGCGUGGCCUCAGGAUCCUGCAUCCCCCUGGCCUUUAAAUGUGACCACGAAGACGACUGUGGAGACAACAGUGAUGAGGACCACUGUGAGUCUCACCAGUGUGGCCCUGGGGAGUUCACGUGUGCACGAGGAGUUUGUAUCCGUGAGGCGUGGAGGUGUGAUGGAGACAAUGACUGCAGAGACUGGUCAGACGAGGCCAACUGCACAGUUGGCCACCAUACAUGUGAGGCCAGUAGCUUCCAGUGUCACACAGGUCACUGUAUCCCACAGCGCUGGAUGUGUGACGGUGACGACGACUGUCAGGACGACUCAGACGAAGACCCUCGAUAUUGCGAUGGAACUCGGUGUAAAGGCUUCCUUUGCUCCAAUGACACCUGCCUGCCAGCGACCGUCCACUGCAACGGCAUCCAGGAGUGUCCAGACGGCGCUGAUGAGCACAACUGUGACCCCCUGUGUACCCGCUACAUGGAGUUUGUAUGUAAGAACCGAGCCCAGUGUCUGUUUCAGUCUCUGGUUUGUGAUGGGAUCAAACACUGUGAAGAUGGAUCAGAUGAGGACGCUGAGUAUGCUGGAUGUGCCACAUCGUCUGAGUUUGGCAAAGUGUGUGACGCCUACACCUUUCAGUGUGCCAACGGAGUGUGUGUGAGCCUGGAGUGGAAGUGCGACGGCAUGGACGACUGCGGCGACUACUCCGACGAAGCCAACUGUGCUGCUCCCACUGAAGUUCCCGGCUGCUCGAGGUAUUUCCAGUUUGAGUGUCGAAACGGACGCUGUAUUCCCACGUGGUGGAAGUGCGAUGGGGAAAACGACUGUGGGGACUGGUCUGACGAGGCCCAGUGUACAGGCGGUGUUACUCCUCACACUGUGGCCCCUGGUCCCUCUACCUGCGCCCCCAACCGCUUCCACUGUGUCCACUCUGGAGCUUGCAUCAUCAACACCUGGGUGUGUGACGGCUACGCGGACUGUCCCCAUGGCAGCGACGAGCUCGGAUGUCCCACAGCAGUUAAUGGCAGUGUGACGCAGGCUCCGGUGCCCACCCAACCCUCUCCAGCUCCUGGUCGUUGCAGUCGGGGUCAGUUUCUUUGUCGCCGAACCCCCCACUGCAUCCCCGACUGGCAGCGCUGCGAUGGACAGCGCCACUGCGAGGACGGCUCUGAUGAAGCCCACUGCCCCACCCGUGGGCCUCUGUUCUGUGCCAACGGGACUCGCUGCUCUGAUGGUGAAGCCUGUGUGCUGGACGGCGAGCUGUGUGACGGCUUCUUGGACUGCUCUGACCACAGCGACGAGGACAACUGCACCUUGGACACCCUGGCUUACAAAGUCCAGAACCUCCAGUGGACACCAGACGUUUUAGGUGCCAUCACGCUGACCUGGUCUCGUCCCAAGAACCUUCCCCUGGAUUCCUGCUACUUCCUCAUCUACUACAGACUUGUGGGCGUGCAGCAGUGGACCAUCAUGGAUACUCACAGUAACAAGACCAGCUACAAACUGAAUGUGCUGAAGCCAGACACCACCUACCACGUGAAGGUGCUCACUCAGUGUCUCAGCAAGCUGCACAAGACCAACGAGGUGAUCAGAGUCAGGACGCCAGAAGGAGUGCCAGAUCCUCCCCGGAACCUGCAGCUGUCCUGUGAUAACGGUGAGGAUGGGACAGUGGAGGUCUCCUGGAGUCCUCCUGACAAAGGACACGGCCUCAUCAGGGAAUACAUCGUUGAAUACAGUGAGCGUGGAAGUCUUGAUUGGACAUCACAGAGAUGCUUGACAACCAGCACUGAGGUGAAGGAGCUGCAGCCAGACAACCUGUACAGGUUCAGGGUGGCAGCAGUGACCAGUCGAGGUGUGGGGAACUGGACAGAGGUUAAAUCCAUCACUCCUAAGAAAGCUCUGCCUCCCCCCUCUGUGAUCGCUGACAGCAUCACCCCUGACUCCAUGAGUCUUUCCUUCAGCCUGAACUCGCAGUACGAUGUGAAACAGUACAUUGUGAUUCUGUCGUGGCAGUUUGACAAACACGUCAAGGAGAGCAAGAACUUCACAGUAAAACAGGGGAUUCUCAAAGCUGCCAACCUGACGGCGGGAACCAUGUAUGAAGUGGCUGUGUGGGCUCACACCAGCAUAGGAGACAGUCCCACUGCCCUGUCCCAUCAUCAGACCGCCGGUACGCAGCCAGAGAGACCCUACCUCAAAACCAGGGCUCUCAAUCAGACAGCUGUGGACUGCACCUGGACCCUCAAAGGCCCCCCCGCUCAGAUGUAUGGUGUGUUUUAUGCCACCUCCUUCCUGGAUUUGUACCGGAGUCCUCACCUGGUCCGCACCACCUCCCUCAGCCUCACAGUCACCGUGGACAGUGAUGAACAGUAUCUCUUCCUGGUGCGGUCCGUCUCACCCUUCCUGGGUCCGCCCUCUGAGUACUCUGUGGUGAAAAUGAUUCCCAACGAGAGGCUGCCACCCAGGAACCUCCAUCGUGUGCGAGUAGACAAAACGCAGGCCACGCUGAAGUGGCAGCCGCCCUAUGACACCCCAAACACCGCUCUGACCUAUGCAGUCCACGUGCGGGACGUGAUCCGUAAAGUGGAACUCGAUUACAAGGUGACCACACCAAACAACACAGUGGAGUACCUGCUGAAAGGCCUGGAGCCCGGAGGACGGUACAGCAUCUCUGUCCGCCUGCGCAACAUGAGCAAGGAGGCCAGCUUCACUCUAAGCACAGUUCCUCUUGCUGCUCCUGAGGCCCUGAAGAUUUUGACAGAGAAAGACCAUGUGAUCCUCCUCUGGAAGAGCCUGGCUGUCAGAGAGAAGGAGUUCAACGAGAGCAGGGGUUAUGAAGUGCACGUACAUGACAGCAUCACCAACCAGACGUCCUUCCUGGGAAACACCACAGAGAACUUCUUCCGCAUCAGCAGCCUGCUGGCGGGUCACAACUACACGUUCUUCGUGCAGGCCCGCUGCCUGCUCAGUGGUCAGCUGUGUGGGGAACCAGCCCUGCUGCUCUUUGACGAGCUGACAGCAGGUGCCAGUGACGCCUCCCGCAGUGAGGGCCACUCAGGGGACAUGGCAGCAGUGGUGGUGCCCGUCCUCUUCCUGCUGCUGCUCGGAGUGUGUGGCAGCUUGGUGGCUCUCUACCUCCGACACCGCCGGCUGCAGAACAAUUUCACAGCCUUUGCCAACUCCCACUAUAACUCUCGCUUGGGCUCUGCCAUCUUCUCAUCAGGGGAUGAGCUGGGUGAUGAUGAUGAAGAUGCUCCCAUGAUCAGCGGCUUCUCAGACGACGUUCCCAUGGUCAUCGCGUAGCAAGACAUCCCUCCAUUACCUGUUUAUCUCUCCGCCCUCCUCCUCUUCUCUUUCUCUCUUCCCCCGCCCCCACCCCCGAUCGCU